CACUAAUUUCCCCAUUAUUUCAUCUUUUUUUUUUAUCUGUUCUCUUGUUACUGUAUAGAAAAACCAUAGUUGGUGCUCCGGCUGGUUCAUGGAUAUUGAUCCCUUCUGGAUUACUGGGGGGUGGUUUCAUAUUUGUCAUAACAAUUUCAUGGCAACUGCUAACAAAUCAAUCUCUGAAACCUCAUCAAAGUCACAAUAUGCUGGCCAUGCCCUACUGCUCUUUCUUGUUCUUCUCCUGAUUUCUCCUCUCUUUGCUCGUCCAGCUUAUUUCUCCAAGGUUCCCAUUUAUUCCUCUUACAGGCAACUUUUCUCACCUUCUUCCCCAUCAUCAGCUCAAAAAGCAGCCAAAAAUUUGCACCCUUUUUCCACAUCUUCGACCCCAGCUACUACCCACACAAGGACUACCAGAGGAAGCAGUGCUGCUACAGAUCGACAGUUCAAAGCAGCUGCUCACGAGGUGCCGAGUGGACCAAAUCCUGAAUCCAACAAGUAAGCAAAAGCAUCAUCAAAUUUUCACCAGCAUUAGAGGCAUCCAU